AGCUACCAAACAAAGUAACAAUCUUAAAAAAUAACAAGGGUUGUCAUUCGAUUACAAAUGGACCAUUGAAGCUUCAAUAUUUCUCGACUCCCACAAAAUUUCAUCUUCCUCCCUUAGGUCUUGUUACAGUGAACUGUGUUUGUGUGUUUUUCGAGAGAGAGAGAGAGAGAAGGGAUAUCGGCGAUGGCAUUCUGGACAGUGAGCAGAAAAGCUCUUGGUCUGACCAAAUCCCUAAGGCCAGAGCUGAGCCAUGUCCGUGGUUUGCAGACGUUUGCACUCCCAGACCUCUCCUACGAUUAUGGAGCCCUAGAGCCAGUCAUAAGCGGGGAGAUCAUGCAGCUGCAUCACCAGAAACACCACCAAGCUUACAUCACUAAUUACAACAAAGCCCUCGAGCAGCUCGAUCAAGCCACCCAAAAGGGUGACUCCUCUACCAUUGUCAAACUCCAAAGCGCCAUCAAAUUCAACGGCGGAGGCCACAUAAACCACUCGAUUUUCUGGAAAAAUCUGGCCCCUGUUCGUGAGGGAGGUGGUGAGCCUCCAAAGGGAUCUCUAGGAUGGGCCAUUGACACUCAGUUUGGAUCUCUUGAAGCUUUGAUUCAGAAGGUCAAUGCUGAAGGUGCUGCUUUGCAAGGCUCUGGAUGGGUGUGGCUUGCUGUUGACAAAGAGCAGAAGAAGCUUUCAGUAGAUACCACUGCAAAUCAGGAUCCACUUAUAACUAAAGGAUCAGCUUUAGUUCCUCUGCUUGGGAUUGAUGUUUGGGAGCAUGCAUACUACUUGCAGUACAAGAACGUGAGACCGGAUUAUCUGAAGAACAUAUGGAAGGUUAUUAACUGGAAGUAUGCUAGUGAAGUGUAUGAGGGAGAGUGUCCUUGAGGCAGAAAGUUCCAUGGUUAAGUCUGAAGGUCAUUGAAUCUAAAGUCCAUCUAGGUUUUUAUACAAAUAAUACUGAGAUCCUGAGGUGUUGAACUUGUUUUUGCUGAUGUUGUUGUUGAGAAGAAGGAUGCUUUUGUUUGAAUAAAUGAUUCUCAAACUUCCAAAUAUCUUAUGUUUUUUGAGAUGGUGAAGUGUCUGAUUUCUGUCGG